AUGGAGCCGAGCCCCUACGCAAAUAAGUCGGCGCCGACUUCGGCUGACUUCCCCCUUCGACACCGAAUGGAUCGCGGUCUGAGCUUCACCUUCGAGUGGGACGACUUCGCCGUCCUUCGCGGCCAUAAGAAAGAGUUCACCGAGAGAUGCUUCGGAUUCGGCAUCAGGUGGGACUCGAGUAGUCGCUGUUGGGCAGAUGGCCAGGAGGAGGCGGCAUGCGAAGGUGGGAAGGUGUCGGUCGACGCCGGCGAAGGGGCGAACAUCACGGGCGUGCAGGAGACCGGGGAAGCAUCUGGUCGGCAGGGCCCUGAACUGGACAACGUUGAGGAGCUGCGACGGAAGAACUGGUUGUUGAGGGCGGAGAGCGCUCGGCUGGCGACAUUGCUCAAUGCGGAGCAGGCUUGGCUGGACAGGUUUUUUGUUGGGUUUAGUGGACUCGUCGACCACGUGAAAGGGUUGGCCGAGCAGGUCGACGACACCGAGAAGUAUGCGGCGGAACAGCUGCGAAACGCGACGGCGGCCAUGUCGGAGACCAUCACGGGCAACAUCACCGGCAGCUUCGACGAAGUGUGGAAGGCGAUGAAGACCUUCGCGGAACAGGCGUCGGCGUGGUUGGAGGACUUCGACAACCCGGAGGGUCGUGUGGCAUAUGCACGCGCGAGAGCGAUCUACGCCAUGGCCGAUCACGUAACUGGGGAGGUGGGCGAAGCGAAGCGGGGAUUGGAGCUGCUCGUCGUGCAGCCGCCGCCACCGCCUCAUCCCACGCCGCCCGCCCUCCCGGAAGAGCUCUUGAAGUCGUUCAAGGCCGACAUCAUGAAGGCGGUGACGGAGGCCACCCAACAGUCUUUUGUUGCUUCCGAGAUGAAGAUGAUGACCGAGAUGAUCGGCACUCUGGCGCCUAGUCGAUGUGGGUCGUCGCCGUCGGCCAAUGACGCCGAUCACGCGCAACGGAGGACUGCCGACAAGCAGGGCCUGAAGACGACGGGCGACAGAGACGACAAGGAAAGCGCGAAGCGGAGCAAGGGAUCGGACGGGAGCCGCGGCUCGAAGCUUGCGGCACAUAGCGUGGUCGACCAGCUGAAGACGAAGGCGGGGUGGAAGGUGAUAAGGACGUCGAACAGCAAGGGGGGCGGAAGCGGGGGGGCAGAGGGUGGCCCUGCCGACGGGGUUGCCGCUAACGUCGCCGCUCCGCCUGGCCCGCCUUUGGUCGCCGAGCAGACCCAUCCUCAGGCGAGCGGUGGGAAAGGCGUGACCGACAAGGAGGUCCCAACUGCUCAGGCGGCGAAAGAUGGCGGCGCCGGAGCCACCAAGGGACCGUCCGUCGCGGUGGCGGCCAAGGGCAACGCGAAGGCUGCUGCUGCCUCGGUCGCCGGCACCACCAAGUCGAAUCCCCGUAACCACCCUGCGGCUACCAGCGCGCCUGCCGGCCAGUCAAGUGCGAACAAUAAUGGGGAGGCCCAUGCGGCCCCUCUUGUUCCGCCAGUCCGGUCUACCGCCCAGGGCGACGCGAAGGCUGCUUCGGCUAAGGGCGAUGCUCCGGCAUCAGCUAAGGGGCCCCCCGGUGGUAACGCGCUCAGGGCGAUGCUCCGCCGCAUGGAGGCACAUAGCAGGGACGUGCAGCAGCAUCCCGUGGUCAACGCCAGCCUUGCCGGAACAGCACGUCGCUCAGUCACUACGCAGGUUGCAGGCACAUCGUCCGGUGCCCCGCCUGCCGCGCCUCCGGUCGCCGCCCCACCCCCUGUGGACCCCAAAUCCGCGUUUCUUCGCGCCCAUUUAGGCGCACGCAAAGCGGUGACUCAGCCGGAACCCGGCAACAACGCGACGCCGACGUCGGUAAACGCGACCGCACCCUCACCAGGUGCAGCUGUUGUCGAUGCGGCCGCGGAGAAGGGAGUGAGUGCAGCGCUAGCCACCGGCGGCCGCGCCGACAAGCAUGCCGAACUCGCUGCCGUCCUGGCCCAUUUUGAAGCAGCAAAACGCCCCGAGCACGCCCCUGCUCUGGCCAUCAUGGACUCGGCGCAUGUGGUGCCAUCGACGACCCACGGAGAGGGUUCGGCGGAGCCGACGGUUGCAACGAGUGCUGUCGCCAAGAGAAAUGCUGGACGGAAGGGGAAGGACGACAUCAGGAAAGGGAAGGCGGUCUCUCAGAGGAGCACGCGGGCGAUGUCUGCGGGGAAGGAGAUGUCGGAAGAGAAAGGGAAUCAGGACAAGACGGGCGGCAAGGGUAAGCCGGCGAAGAAGAAGGAGAAGGCGGAGGAGGAGGACGAGGAGGGCGGCGAGGGAGAUAAAGAGCAUGGACGCAGGGGUCAUGGCAUCCGCCAAGACAGGUCCGGCGACGGGCAUGGGUGGGUGGGCGAGAUUAAGGUAAACGGACAGAAUCGAUACAUCGGCAAGUCGAGGGAGAAGAUGGAGCUGGCCUACGAGCACGCGGUUGCGUACGUCGUCUACGACGGCUACGUGAGCAAGGUGCUCAUGAAUGAGCUCACUGUCUUGAAGCCGGGGGAGUUGGAUAAAUGGAAGGAGGUGUGGGCGGAGGUCAAGUUCUUGCCGACUGGGAUGUGGACGGUGAUGUGGGCCAGAGGCUUGUGCCAUCCGAGAGCAAGGUUCGACGAUAUACUCGGCAGGUACCGUGGGUACGCGAGUUCGGGUGAUGCGCUUCAUGACGUGCUCUGGCCGGCGAUCUGGUUCCCCAUCAUCGAAAACACGGAGGAAGGCAAGGAAGAGACGGAUGCUCUCAUGUCGGCGAUGGUAAAUCGCGUGUCGAUGUGCGCGGCGUAUGGGAAGGUCGCGGCGAGCGCGGCGUAUGGGAAGGUCGAUGCGAGCGUGGAGGGGAAGGCGGGAGAGAAGACGGAGAUGGAAGGCGCGGAGGGGAAGGCGGACGAGAAAACGGAGAUGGGGGUCCAGGCGUUAGCGGUAUCGGCAUGCGCCCUCUGGUGCUUCGUGGAGACGGGGGCGUCGGUGCUCGGUGCUGUGGGCGAAGGGAAGGCGGCGGCGAUGGUGGCAGGUGCGGGGGAGGAGAGGGCCGAGGACUUCAAGAAGGUGAUGCUCGCGGUGAUCGACUUAGCACGCAGUAGGCAGGCUCCCGCGGGGAAGGUUGCACAUAACGUCGCGCCAGCGCUGCAGAGCCAGGCAGUGGCCAGGGCCUUCAAGGAGGGAGUUGAGGAAGCCGAGGCCGACAUGAUUGCUAGAGCGACUGUCGAGACCUUGGCGUUCUGGGGAAUGUGCCCCGUCGCCGGGCCCAAGCUCAAAGAGCAGGGCAUCGAUGUGCCGUGUGACGCGAAGAUGGAGUACGAUAUGGAGCACAGGGGGAGGAAGGGGGAGAAGGUCAAGCAGGCCAAGUGCAGCAAGAGGAAAAGGGGGCAGACGGGCAAGCAGGGCAAGGACAGUACGGAUGCGUAG